AUAUAAUCCCAUAAGCUAGACCCAAGAAUGUCACUUUAAAACAGUUUCUCAAUCUAAUCGAAUCGCUUAAGUAUACUGUACCUACCAUAAAGUUAAAAAAUAUACCAGGCAGGUCAUAUUCAUUUCGUUGAAAAAAAAAAAAUCGGGCACCUAAACGAAUUUAACAUGCGAAAAAUUGGCAUCGUUAAGUUUUUAAUUGCCAUAGCCCUUAUAUGCAUAAAAAAUAAUACGAUGUGUGACGGUGCAUACACUAGACAUAAAAUGAAACUUGUCAACUUUGUAUGUAGACCGGAACAUUGGCAAGAGAUGUGGUUCGAAAAGGUCAAAGCCGAAACGCAGUGGGUGGAGAAAUGUGAUUUGCCCAAUCCAGAUGUCAUAAACCGCGCGAUACAGAAGUUUAAUGUUAUCCCUUGUAUGAUGGUAUGCGGUUACGGAUCAAAAUUUUAUAACUUUUUCAGACUAAUGGCCCAUACGGUCAAAGAGUGUAAAAGUUUCCAACAAAAGUUUGUCGCAGACGAUUGUUGGAGGAAACUGAACAAUAGUCUCGAAACGCUAGUGUUAACUACAUUAAGCUUGUUGCGCGCAUUGGAACUACUGCAUUCUGUCGACAGAGCUAUAAAUCUAAGUGCGCUUUACGGGCGUUUGUAUGGUAUUCAACUUUUAAUCAAAUCCAAAGGUUUUAACUGGGAAAUCACGCCUGUUGUGGAAUACUUGGAGAAUCUUUUAAACACAGACUGUAAACCAGAACUUCCUGUAUUCGAUUUGGAAGAAUUGGAGACUAAAUAUAAAAAUCUAAGAACUGUAAUUAUGAACCGCUACGAUUUUUAUGUUAACACACUGGACUCUUACACGGAUUAUAUAGACAAGCAUUUGAGUAAGCUUGGUUUUAAAUACGAUGCGGAGACGGACGUAACCGUCUUUACUAUUCCAAACCCGAGUGAAUAAUAUCAGUAAAUUUAGUAAUAUAGACAUAAGGAUUAAAUAAGUUUCAAUUGUUUUUUUUCCGUAUAAAAAUGGUAACCAGUUCAAAAAUUAUUAUAAAAUACAUUAAACAUGGCA